UUGAUGAAAAUUUGUUGUUUAUUUAUCCUGAAAUUGUGUUCAAAUUUCAUAUUUUCCAUUAAAAUGUCAUUACCUGAGCAACAUGGUGUUCAACUUUCGCUUAUAGAAGCUUGUCGUGCCUGUCUCGAUACAAAAAGCACAAAUUAUAUUCAAAUGAGCAGUGAAGGCGGCGCUUGGAGAGAAUUAUAUCAAUUCUGUGUCGAUUUAUCGGUAUCAGUUGAUGGUGGCUCACAACUGUUAUGUGGCAAAUGUGCAGACUUAAUAAAACUCUAUGCAGAAUUUAAAAAACAGUGCCAUAAAUCAGAAGAGUUUUGGUGUUCGCUACUGACGGAUGAAGUGAAAUGUUCUGUAAAUAAAAUCGACAUAAAGGUAGAAAACAAUGAAAUUCAUAUUGUUGAAAGUAACAGUUUACAUAUAGAGGGUCACACAUACUACCCCGGAAUAGAUACAAGUAAUAACCAUGAUGACUUUGAUUCACUUAAAGAGGAGUCUGUUCAAGCUCUAGAAGAAAGCAUAUUUGAGGGAAACGAUUCUUUUAUAUCUCACAUUGGCCUCAAUGUUGCACAGAAGAAGAAAUCUAAUGGAGUAGUUAAAAAGAAAUUAAAAUGUGAUAGCUGCCAGAGGGAGUAUAAAACUAAAAGAUGGUUACUGAGCCAUUUAAAAACUUGUGAAAACACAAAUAAAACAGCAGUUACUAAGAGUGAAUUGUUAUAUUGCGGUCUAUGCGAGUUUACAUCCGAUCAAGAAGCAAUGAAGCAGCAUUUGGACGGCCAUGAUAUCAGCAAAGACAUGAAUUGCAAAAAUUGUGAUUUUAUUGGUAAAGAUUUUGCGAGUAUGGUUUCGCAUAGAUAUUCGCAUCAACCAAAAGAUUUAAAGUCAAAAAUGUUCUGUCAUGUCUGUAGCGCAACUAUGCGUUCAUCUGCUGUCCUUCAGUAUCACUAUAGGACAGUUCACUUAAAAAAACCUGGAUUAGAUUGUACCAUAUGUAAAAAGUCCUUCAAGACGUUCAAGUGUUGGCGGGACCAUGAUCGGUGGCAUAGGGUUGAUAAAUUCAUAUGCGACAUAUGUGGAAAAAAAUUUUUAUAUAGAAACGCAAUAGAAGCCCACAUGAUCGAUCACGCCGAGUUCAACAAAUACAUCUGCGAAACUUGUGGCCGUGGUUUCAAGCGACUCUUCAGCUUGAAGUGCCACGUAUCUAAUCGACACAUCAAACACGCCCCCGUCAAAUGUUCUCACUGUGAUAGGACAUUUAAAUCCGACUUCACUUUGAAAAAACACUUAAGAUUUGUCAAUAAAGAAAAGCCAUAUAGCUGUCCAGUCUGCACUAAAAGGUUUCCAUCAGAAGUGACCCUGAAGAACCACCUAUUUUGGCACAGCGACGAACGACCUUUUAGCUGUGAAAUUUGCGGAGCGAAGUAUAAAGCUAAAAGCCAGUUAAAAAUUCAUAUGAGGCAACAUACGGGUAUAAUGCCAUUCAAAUGCCAGAGUUGUGACAAAAGUUUUGCCAGUUCAAACCAGUUGAAGGUGCACUCCAGUGUGCAUACGGGUGUGCGUCGCCAUAAGUGCAGUUAUUGUCACAGGACAUUUCAUGGGAGGAAGCUGGUAGAGGCACAUUGCGCCGCGCAACAUAAAGACAAAGUGAUCAAACUAGAUGUUCUUAUUUGAAAUGUUCGUUAUUGGUGGUACUUAACAGAAAUAAAAUUUGAA